UGGCGACUUGCUAUGUUUACAAAUAUUGAAACGUGGCUGAAUAUAAUGUUACAUUUAAAAAGCUAAGUAAACAUGGAUGAAAUGGCAUUACAAGGUCUAGCAGCUCUGGCUAUGGCUCCAGAUGCUGACUCACAGAACAGGGCAGUGCAAUGUGUUGAGCAGCUGAAACAAUCUGAAGAAGGUUGGAAAGUUUGUGCUCAAGCAUUUACAAGUGGAACCUAUUACCAGAACGAUCAUGUCAAGUUUUUCUGUCUUCAAGUUUGUGAACAUUUUGUAAAAUCGCGAUAUCAGCAAACAAGUGCGGGGAACAUUGAUUUUAUGAAAUCUUUCAUACAAACAUGCUUGGAGAUGGAGUCCAACGCAGCAUCUGGCAGCAAACACUUCAUCAGGAACAAACUGGCCCAGCUGAUCUCGCUAGUGUUUGUCACAGACUUCCAACAUAGGUGGACCACAUUUUUCUCAGACAUGCUCUCAACUCUAGCCCGUGGUCCUCUAGCUGUGGACAUGUACUUGAGGGUUCUCAUGGCCGUUGAUGCUGAAGUGGUUGACAGAGACAUUGCUCACACCACACAGGAAGCUCAAAGAAAUAAUCUGAUCAAAGACGCCAUGAGGGAGAGGUGUGUGAAUGCACUGGCAGAUUCUUGGUACCAAAUUAUGACUUCGUACGAGGCCUCUAAACCUGAACUUGUUUGUAUGUGUCUGGAAGUUGUUGGCCGUUAUGUCUCCUGGAUGGACAUUGGAUUCUUUGCAAAUGAUAGGAUGGUUACACUUUUGCUGAAGUUUUUAACCCUGGAGCCUGUGAGAGAAGCUUCUUGUGAUUGUAUCCAUGAGAUCAUCAGCAAAGGCAUGGAGCCAGUGGCCAAGACAGCCCUGACUGAGUCUUUCAUGUCUGUCUUGGAGUCAGCUGGCAUCUUUAAAAAUGAGUGUGAUGACAGUGAAUUUUUAUGCAAACUGUCCAAGCUUAUAAAUGGCAUUGGUCUUGGUCUCAUUGCUAGUUGGCAAAAGUUGUCUAAAAAUGGUGUCUGUAAAAACUCUGAGACAACAUUAGCAGCUCUGGAAUCAAAGCUACCUUACAUGCUGAGGUUUCUGGGGGAUGAGGAUGAUGAUGUCUCAAGUGCUGUCAUUGAAUUUGCUACAGAGUAUAUUGCCAUGCUGAAGACCUUGCCAUCAAUGAAUGCCAGUCAGAAGAAAAAUAUGGAGGGUUUGCUUUUUACCAUCAUCAAGAAGCUAAAGUAUGAUGAGGGAUACCAGUUUGAGAAAGAGGGAGAGGAGGAGGCGGAGUUUCAGGAGUUCAGAAAACAAAUUCGAGUCAUUUUUAACAACAUUGCUAGCUUGGAUCCCCAGAUGAUCUUGGUAAAGAUCCAUGAGCUGGUAUGUCAAACACUGCCCAGAUGGGAGUCUCUAGACUUCAGAGAUGUGGAAGUGGCCAUCACACUCAUGUACAGCCUGGGAGAGGCCAUCCCUGCAUCACAUGGCCAGCAUUUCAGUGGAAACCCAGACAAGGCUUCAGCUCUACAGGGCAUGAUGAGAGUUCUGAUAACUAGUCAAGUCAGCAGACAGGGCCAUAUUGCUGUGUUGCUGCAGUUCUUUGAAACGGUUGUUCGUUAUGAUCGUUUCUUCGUCUGUGAACCUCAGCAUAUUCCUGACGUAUUGAUGGCUUUUCUGGAUGAAAGAGGAUUGCGUAAUGGUUCCUCUAAAGUCCGCAGUCGAGUCGCCUACUUGUUUUUGAGAUUUGUUAAAAGUACCAAUCUCUCCUGCCCCAGGACCCACCUGACCCCUUACCUGGAGGGGGUGUUGGAACAAAUGCAAGACCUGCUAACAGUCAACUCCCCAGACAACGGUCUCAGCCAUUCCCUGUCAGACAGUGACCAGCUGUUUAUAUACGAGACAGCCAGCACUCUGAUUGUGUCGAGCUCUUUGGAGCCAGAGAAAAAACAGAUUUUGCUGAAGCAGCUUUUGAUGCCUAUAGCUACCAAAUUUAAUGUGAUGCUGACUAGACUUACAAAAGAACCAGAUGAGAAGCGUCAACAAGCUUACGCUGAUUGCAUCCAUAAUGCUAUUGCAUUGGCCAGUCGUGCGAGUAAAGGUUUUUCUGGACAGCAAACAAUGAAGCAAUGUGGUUGUGUGUCAGCAUUUACAGAGCUCUUGUCAAUUUUCCUUGCUGCUCUUGAAGUCACCAACCAAAGGGCCUCACUACAGCAGGGCGUGCGCCAGUAUUUACAUAGAAUGGUUGUGUGUUUAGAAGAGGAAAUCAUGCCCUUCCUACCUGAGGCCAUGGAAAGAUUGCUGAAACAGCCAGAUGCUAGGGAGCUCUACGACUUCUUGCCUCUUGUUAACCAGAUUAUUAUGAAGUUUGGGGCCAACAUAUCACCCUUCCUCACUCAAGUUUUUAUGCCUUUGGUAAUGACAAUUUACCAAGUUUUAAGUGCCCCAUCUGACCACAAUGACCACUGUUCAGCGGAGGAAAAGAAGCUUCUACAGAGAGGCUACUUCUUGUUUCUGUCCACCAUUGUGUGCAACUGUGUGGAUGUGUUGAAGGCACAAGAACUACCCAACUUGACUCAGGUGCUCAUGUCACUUAUCCAUGGGGCAGUGGAGCUGCCUGAUCCUCAGAGCCAGAAAUGUUGUUUUUCUACAUUGAAGAAGCUGGUUGAAAUUUGGGGUGCUAACGAUACCUUACCUGGGUUUUCUGAGUUUAUUUACAAACAGAUUGUGCCUGCUUGUUUUUUGGCACCCAUGAAGCCAACCUUUGAUCUUGCUGAUGGACAGACAACUCUGGUCUUGGGUGAAUGUGCAUCUUGCAUGCAAGAGAUUUUACAGAAACGGGGUCAAGAGUUCUUGGAGUUUCUUAAAUCAGAUUUUUUCCCAUCUAAGGGAAUUAGUCAGGAAAAUGGUGUGGUGUACAUAGCAAACUUACAGACAGACAUCAAAACUUUCAGGUCAUGGUUAAAGAAAUUUUUCUUGCAAGCCAAAUCGUGACCUUAGGAAAAUGUAGAUGUAGAGUCAGUGAAUUUGUUCUAGAACCACACACAUGUACAUAAUUCAAUCUCUAUUCACUAGGUGUACAUUUGAUUCUUGCUUUAAACAAUGUUAUUUAAAUUUUACAAGUUGUCUCUUUGUUAUUCUAACUAGUGAUAACAUUCUGUGGUGUGAUUCAUGAGCUCAGCUAUGUUCAUAUGAUACGUUUUGUCAUUGUGUUUUCUGACUUGGUGAUCUGUGUAUGAUGUAUGAUGUGUGACUACAUUUACUAGCUUGGUGAUGUGUAUGAUGUAUGUUGUAUGUCUACAUUUACUGGCUUGAUGAUGUGUAACUACAUUUACUGGCUUGGUGAUGUAUGUUGUGUGACUACAUUCACGGCUUGGUGAUGUGUGUAUGAUGUAUGUUGUGUCACAUUUACUGGCUUGGUGAUGUGUGUAUGAUGUAUGUAUGUAUGUUGUGUCACUACAUUCUGGCUGGUGAUGUGUGUAUGAUGUGUGACUACAUUUACUGGCUUGGUGAUCUGUGUAUGAUGUAUGUAUGUUGUGUCACUACAUUCUGGCUUGUGAUGUGUGUAUGAUGUGUGACUACAUUUACUGGCUUGGUGAUGUUCGUAUGAUUUGUGACUAUACUUACUAGCUUGGUUAUGUGUGAACUAUAAAUAUGUUUGAAUGAUUUCUGGUGUAAUUUUUUAUCUAUCUACAGCGGCAGUUUCCAAACUGACUUUGGCAAAUAGUUUUACAACUAAUAACAUAAUGCCUAGAAUAGGUAAUUACACUUGCCUUCAAAGAAUUUGCUAUACCAUUGUUAAAUUUUGAUAUUUCCUUUAUUUAGUUUCAAAAUAGAUUGAUUAUGGGUGGUUGAUUCCUUUGAAAUUUAGACCCAGGUUAGGGGUCAUCCAUUUAUGACGUGCAUAAUGUUAAAAUUUUUUUUGACCCCCUGUCCCCCGAAAUCCACUUAAUUCCCUUUUAAAAGUCCAUCUUUUUUUUUCGGACCCCCCUCUGUGUGGACGUCAAAAAUGGAUGACCCCUUAUGGUUUGUACUAAUAACUAGAAGCAUUUGGAUAAGAAGGUUUUAGUUUUUCAUGGGAGAUGCAGUCACAAAAGUUUUGAAACUGCUGGUUUAGUUUAUUCAUCAGACAUGCAUUGCAAAAAAAAAUUGAUUAAGAAAAUGAAAUUCUUAUGUUUUUAUAAGAUGAAGGAAAAAUUUUAGUCUCAGAAGUUAGCCCAGUUAUGUUGAGGGCUAAGAUAACUCGUGACAAUUCAUCAAAUCUGGUUAAAAGGACUUAGUUAUAUUUUAUUACAUUUUUUUUUACUAGUAGUCAGAAAUUUUGUUUGUGCUUUUUCAUCAGUCACAUACCCCUAAUUUCUAUUUUUAAUGAAUACUUUUAUCUCAGAAUUCUUCCAUGUUUUUAAAUGCAGCAUUCAGUUGGAGUGCUGGUCUACUCAAGAGUCUAGGGUAGAUUUGUUUACACAUUGUUUCUAAUUAUGACUAAAAAGCUAUUUUCCCUCUUUUUAAAUGUACAGAACAGAAUUAUUUUAUCAAAAUUGUUUGAAGUAAAACAAUUGUAUUUUGUUACCCGUGAACAGUUUUUAACAAGUUGUUAAUAUGAUAAAAAGAAAGUUAUUUUAAAAAUGAUAAAUAGCAUCUUAUAGUGUUUAAAUACUCAAGCUACUGGGUGUGGGUUUUCCAGAGUUGCUGAUGUGAAUGACAGUACGACAACAUGACCUAUUUUUGCUGAUGUGAAUGACAUAUGUGCUACAUGGCCCAUAUUUCCAUGGUGAAUGAUACAAGUGCAAUAUGGCCCAGAUAUGCUGGUGAAUAAGUGCUAAAUAUGCUAGGUGAAUGACAGUAGGGCAACAUGGCCAUAUUUGUUGGGUGAAUGACAUAAGUGCUGAAUGGCCCAGAUAUGCAGGUGAAUGACAAGGGCAUUAUGGGCCAGAUUAGCAAGGUAAACAACUGAAGGGCUACCUUUUAUAAGAUGUGCUGUCAGUAUGGUCCUGGUACCAUUGAACACACAGGUAUUUUGUCUUAAAUGUGUGAGACAACAUGAUAAUGCAAUAUUUAUUUUUUGUUGCUCAAGACCUCCUCACAAGAGAUGAUUGUAGGCAAGUUUCCAUUGUUAAUUCACAGAUUGAGGCAACAAUCUUUCAGCUCUGUUUGCUACUUAAUAUUGCAAUAAUUUUGUCAUAAUCAAAGUGGAAUAAAAAGUUAUGUCCCAUGUCUCA